CAAAAGGCUGUAAUACUUUUGAUGUUUGUUUCGAAUAUUACAACAUUGUCAAUUGCUAGCUAAUGUCUUAGGUUAUCAUGUAAACUUGCUGAUGAGUGGACGAAAAUAAAAUGCAGCCUAUAACCCAUGUUGUAGCGCUAACUUUAAUGUUUGUGGUUGCAAGGAGUGUAGAUUAGGCCUUUCAUAAACAGACGUAUGAAAUGACACUCUUCUCUGUUCAGCUUACUUGGACCUGCUCGUUGCAGAACUAGUUUAAAUUCACUGUUUCUAUUGUGCAUUUAAAAUGUACUUUUACAGAGCAAAGAGAAUGUGCAUGUUAAAUAAAAGUUCUGUCAAGUUAAAUAAUUCCUUCAUUGUCACUGCCUCACACGCUCUUGGGUUAAAAACUGAAUAACCAACCGUACCUUCUUGCGAACUUGCUAAAGCGCUGCUACAUGCGUUUGCGCGCAAUAUCGAAGAAACCGCAUGGGCUUCACAACACAGCACAAGACUCGUGAAUGACUCCUGGCGGCUGUAGAUGCGAGAGCGCGCGUCUGGCACGAGCGAAGUUCACGGCGCGUUCCCGCGCUGCCGGAGAUCUCCGUGCCGUCUCCGCCUGUCCACCCUAAACGCGCUUUGUUUCGUGGGACAAACGCCAUAAAAUGGAAAGGAUAUAUAGAAUCGUCUAGCUUUUGCAAACUCCAGCCAAACAACUUUCUGACAAUCCUCCUCGUCGUUCUUCAUCUGUAACCAUGGAGACGGUGGUGAUCGUGGCCAUAGGUGUACUCGCCACCAUCUUCUUGGCAUCAUUUGUGGCGCUGGUGGUUGUGUGCCGUCAUCGUUAUUGCCACCCUCCGGACUUCCUGCACCAGUUUGACUCCAAACCUACAGUGGAUCUGAUCGGAGCGAUGGAAACUCAGAGCGAACCGUCAGAGCUGGAGCUGGAUGAUGUUGUCAUCACUAAUCCUCACAUUGAGGCCAUGCUGGAGAACGAAGACUGGAUCGAAGAUGCCUCUGGUCUUGUGUCUCACUGUAUUGCGAUUCUAAAGAUAUGCCACACUCUCACUGAAAAGCUUGUUGCGAUGACAAUGGGCUCUGGAGCAAAGGUCAAAGCACCUGCCAGCCUCAGUGACAUCAUCACCGUGGCCAAACGCAUCAGCCCAAGGGUGGAUGACGUGGUUCGAUCUAUGUACCCUCCACUGGACCCCAUUCUUCUGGACGCCAGGGCCACAGCAUUACUAUUGUCGGUCAGUCACUUGGUGCUGGUCACACGAAACGCCUGUCACAUGUCUGGCAGCCUGGACUGGAUUGACCAAUCACUGCAUGCAGCCGAGGAUCACAUGGUCGUGUUGAGAGAGGCGGCUUUAGCAUCUGAACCAGAGAGAGGUUUGCCAGAGAGAGAGCUGUCAAUCUGAGUCACUCACAAACCUGUGGCAGAAAUGCUGUAUAUACAGUACACACAUUCAAUGCACCUGUAAAGAAUGAUAUUUAGUGGACAAUACCUCAGCACAUCCAUGAUAUGACAGAGAAAGGCAUCUUAGCUUAGCCUUGCUUUCAAACAUUGUUUCUUUCUCACUCUUUCACUGCAUCUCAGUUUUAUCUCUGUUACAUUCCAGUUUAAUCGCUGGUCAUCCUGUCUGAUAUUUCCUCAUGCUGGAUUUAUAUGUCGAUACUAAUGCCAAAAAAAUGCCUGAGACAGUCAACAAAAACAACAACAACAAAUAGUAUAUUCUGUAAAUCAAACAAGGUCUGUAUUUUCUUUCUUGUCUCUCUUAUUUGAGACUACAUAGUGUAUUUCUUUAAUCAAAUACAAUUUUUCAUACAUUAUUUACGUUUUCCAUUAUUAGCAUCAAGAUUUAUGAUGCUAAGAAUUUUAUGAUCUUUUUGCUUUUAUUUCUCUCUCUAAAAAUACACAAAAAAAAGUUAAGAAGCAGAAAUUAUGGUUCAUUUCCUUUUCUCCAGUUCGUUCUUCUUUGCAGAUCAGUUUGUAAAUGGUCAAUUCACAACUUUAUGUCACUAUUGUACAAUCACGUUCAGUUGAUAUAUCACUUUCGUAUUAGUAUUCUUCCUCUUUUUCCUCAGGUUUGGGGUCAGUAAUAUUUUUUAACAUUUUUGAACAAAGUCUCCUAUGCUCACCAAGGCUGCAUUUAUUUGAUCAAAAACACUGUAAAAGCAGUAAUUAUGUGAAAUAUUACAAUUUAUUUGAGGAUUCUUUGAUGAAUGAAAAGUUCAACAACAGCAUUUAUUUGAAAUAGAAAUCUUUUGUAACAUUAUAAAUGUUUAUCCUGUCACUUUUGAUCCAUUUAAUGGUUAGCUAGCUGGUUGUGAACAGUUUGCAGCAAGUAAAGCGCACUCUUUUGUCUAUCUGCUAUCUAGACAUGGCAUGUAAUUUUUCACCAGAGUCACAUGAAGUCUAAAUCCACACUAAUUCCUUCUCUCAACCCCCCGCCACACUUCACACUUUCAGCAGCCACACACACACACACACAGAUACACACACACACAUUCAGGACUCUGUCAUUUCAUGUACUGAAUUCAGUUAUCAAUCAUAUACUAUUCAGUUUCAAUGCUAAGAAUAUAUUGCAACAUUCAGUUGUUGAUUACGAGUGUUUCCUCUUUUCAUUUCCUCUUGGAGCAAUCUUGUUACUGACAUUUCUUGUUUGUUCCUCUAUUUGUUCUUUCAUUCUCAUACUGUUUAUGCAUUUGAGAUUUGUAAAGGUGAAUAAACAUUUCACAGUGAAAAGAUGUCAUGGUGUUUUUAUUUUAAAAUAAACAUUACUAAAUUCAACUGUAAGUUCAGUAAAACAACCAGACCUCUAUUCACGUGCUGCUUUGUGUAGAGUGCGAGAAAGAGGGAGGAGAAACAGCUGCAAUGGAGGAAGGGGAGGAAGAAAAGAAAAACAUGACAGCUAUUUCUCAAAGUCAGAGUAAACAGUUCUGUUUAGCUUCGAGUAGAAAGUUUUUGGCCAAAAUGAGCGCUGGACAUUAGGCAUUAAAAAAAGCAGCAGACUGAAAAGAAGCAGAGCGAAAGGACACACA